CUCUUUUUUUCUUCUUCUUUCUGUCUUUCUUUUUUUUCUUCUUCUUUCUCUCAUUCCUUAUCUCUUCUCUGGGUGUCUCACAUGGGACUAUUUGACGUAUAUAGAUGCGGUUUGACCAUUAUUAUUUUUCUUUGUUUUCCUUCUUUUAAUGCGAUUUUCUUUUUGAUUUGGUUUUUUAUGCUUGAGGAGAUAAACGGCCGUUUGUUGUGAGGCAUGAUCCUAGAGACAUAAACACUUCCAUUAUUCGACCCUGCCCUGGGAGGCAACCUACGACCCACACCUCCAUUGCAGGAGCUAAGCUAGAAACCACUUUUUCUUUUCUUUUCUUUUUUCCUUUUAUAAAACAAGGCCAUUACCCUUGUUUUACAUUCCGUUUAUUAUUGGAACCCCACAAAAAAAAAGGCCAUCAACCACUCUCAGAUUUUAAACCACUGGCGGAGAGAAAGAAGAAGAAGAAAAGAAAGAAGAAGAUGCAUGACAUGAAUGAAGAGAUUGAUAACUUGUAUAACACAAGGGAUGUAGUCAUGAACAGGAUGGUAAAAAAUGAGUACUUCAACAUGGAUGACAAGAAGUGGGAUUUGGGGAUGAAAUUAAGCAUGGGAUUAUGAAGGAUGAAAGGGUGUGAGGCGAUUCUUGAGGAUAUGCUUAGCUGGGAUAAGCUCCUGCCAGAUGACAUGAAAAGGAAGGUUGAAGAGAAGUUCAAUGACCUAAGGGACAUGUGUGAAAGAGGGGAACUUGAACCUGAAGAAGCUUACAAGUUGCUUAAGGUGUUUGAGGAUGAGAUUUUCAUGCGAUGUGUGCAGAAGAUGGAAACCGACAGGCCCCCACAAUUUGAUGAGACUGCUGGACGGGACGAGAAAAGGGAGGUAGAUGACCCACCAGGCGAAGGACCAAUCCUUAGGUGGCAAACACGGGCAGUCUUUGCUCCUGGUGGUGAUGCCUGGCAUCCCAAGAAUAGAGAAGUGAAAGUGUCUGUUACAGUGAAAGAACUUGGGCUUUCAAGGCAUCAAUUCCGUCGGCUCAGAGAAUUGGCCGGAAAGCGCUACAAUCCAGGGGAAGAUGAGCGUACAAUUACUAGUGAGAGGUAGGUCAACUGCAUGCCCCUCUCUCUCUGUUAUUAGUUUUAUUAUUUUUUGAAGUACUGCAUGCUUUCUUUCUCUAUCAUUAGUUUUGUUAUUAUAUGAAGUACUUAGUCUGGUUAAUAGUUGUUCAGAUUUCUGAGUUUUUAUUCUUAUACAUCCCACAUGAUAUUGUUGAUUGUGCAUUUUAUUACUUCUCCCUCCUCCUAUAGCACAAAGAGAAACUAAUAGUUAUAGCCCCUGCGGAAUGUAUGAGAAGAUUCUUUUGUUAUGUCUUGCUCAGUCCUUGAAAAUUACAUGUGCAGUAAUUUUAUCGAAUGCAGUUUAUACAUCCGAGAUAUCUUAUUUAAAAGUGAAAAAAAGUUUAUCCACCCAAAAGUGAGGAAAGAAGUAAUUGAGCAUAAAUAAAGCAUAUGAAAAUUGAUAUAUCAACAUUUGGUAGUGCUGCACAUUAUUCCUUUCAUUACUACAACAUCUUAUCCACUCUAUGCAAUUGCAACGUUUUUGUUUUUGUAUUUUUUAAUGAAACAUUUUUCUUUGCA